AUGGGUCUCGUCGAUUAUUCAGAUUCGGACGAUUCAGAUGUUCCAGAGACUAUUGCGCUAAAGCCUUCAAUAUCAACAUCUUCAACAGGCAAACCAGCAUUUCAAAAGGUUGUCGAUAGAUCAAAUCCUGGUAAAAUUCGAGUUUCAUUACCACAAGCAUCUUUAAAGGACGAUCCCAAAACCGACGAGCCACCAACAAAGCGCGUCAAAACUGGUGGUGGAGCUUUCAGUGGAUUUAAUUCAUUUUUACCAGCUCCAAAAAGAACAGGACAACCUACAAAUGCGACACUAGGUGGUGGAAAUGCGGCACGAAAGAGUGGUUUGGGAGCUGGAGUUAGUUUGAAGACUGGAGCGGCUCCUGCUUUUAGUAGAGAACCGGAACCAGAGAGAGAAUCCACAGGAUAUGAGCCUACAGAAGACGAAGAAGCAGCUACUGGACAUGGGAUGAAUUUACCCACACCAAAUUCAUUGAUUGAUGAACAGAAACCAGCAGAUGAGGUCAAAUUAGUGGGAAAACCAUUAAUGUUCAGACCAUUAUCCGUCGCAAGGAAACCAGCAAAAAAGAAGCUUCAAACAUCGAACUCAAAUACAUCUACACCCUCUAAUUUAACACCACAAACCAGUACACCAGCCACUCCACAACAAACUGGGAAAGCAUCAGCGCCGAGACCAAAAGUAUCAUUAUUCUCCCUCGAAGUAGAAUCAGUCAACACAACUCCAAACCCAACUUCCAAUGGAGAAUACAAACCAAUGCUAUACCAACCCACCUACGAAGACUCCACUCCCACCACGACGCACACCCUCCCCUUCGUACCCACCCCUCCCGUGAACCUGCACAGUAACACCGAAUCCCUCUCCUCCAUAGCCGACACUCUGCACCUCUCCGCGGCCGAACGCCGCCAACUAUUCGGUCGUCAAAAAGCUGGUGCCGCGCAAGCCGCUACCAAAAUCAUCAACUUCAACACGGAUCAAGAAUACGCACAUAAUAAUGAACUACGCGCAGCAGGUGAACAGGUAGUACAUAAUCCGGUCAGGGCUAUUGCGCCGGGUAAACAUAGUUUGAAACAGCUUGUUGGGGCGGCACAGAGUCAGAGGGAUGCGUUGGAGGAGAGUUUUGCGACGGGCAGGAAUAAUAGGAAAGAGGCGGGGAGUAAAUAUGGGUGGUAG